UGAAAAUUUUGAUAGAUCAACUCGAAAUCAAAUUUGAUAAGUAGUGAACAUUUUUCUGAAUAAUAAAAAUUGCAUGCUCUGUUGUAGAAAGAGAUUAAUAUUUCGAAAUUCCUUCUCAAAACAAAUAGAAAAAUUCUAAAAACUUAGUGACAUUUCGUUUUAGUGUAAAAGGUGAUAAUAACGCAAGCAAAUGCUAUGAGCGCCUGACAUAAAGAAGGAGAAGCAGAAGCAUGUCGAACGUGGAAAACGUAUGUCCUCAAGCGUUGCGUGGCGUGGCACGCGAACUCCGACAGCUGGCGGCUAAUCCUCCGCCGGGCAUCAAACUGCAGCUGCGAGACGACGACAUAUCUGACAUAGUCGCGCUUAUCGAUGGUCCCGCGGAGACGCCGUAUGAAGGGGGCGUGUUCCGCGUGCGACUCGUGCUCGGACGCGAGUUCCCCGCCAGCGCACCGCGGGCAUACUUCGUCACCCGCGUCUUCCACCCCAACGUCGCCGCCGAGACCGGUGAGGUCUGCGUCAACACGCUCGCACGCGACUGGCGCCCCGAGCUUGGGCUCCGGCACGCGCUCCUCGCUCUGCGCUGUCUGCUCAUCGCGCCCAACCCUGACUCGGCACUCAACGCGGAGGCCGCCGCCCUACUGCGCGACCGCUACGACGACUACUUCGCGCGCGCCAAGCUGCUCACCGACAUCCACGCGACCCGCAGCCGCGCCNCCGCCGCCGCGCCCGCGCACGCGCCCGCGCCGCCCGCCAAGCGCCGCCCCGCGCCUGCCCCCCGCGCAGACAAGCGCCGCAUCCUGAAGCGGUUAUGAGCCGUCCCGAGAUCAAACGAUCAGACCACGCAAAUGGACUCGUCCAACACGAGCGAACUUUAAGAUAUUUGCAAAAUUGAACUUUAAGUAGUAGGUGAACUUUUUAAUAAUUUAAUGUGUAUCUGCAAAAACUGAAAUCCUUGCGUUGAGUGUGCGCUGGACAGUCUGCUGCCCUUCCUCCAUCUCCUUCCCGAAGCUCUUCCCUCGCGAACGUCGAGUCACUAAAUAAAAUGUUACCCCAAGUUAAUUGAGUUAGAAUCCUCCGUGCGGCUGGAGCUGAGCUGCGAGUGGCGCGGCUGGACAGAGCGCUCUGCUGCACGUGACGCUCGGAAUAUAAAUUCACAAUAUCGCUAUUAAAAUACGUUUCCAUAGAUUUAAUUCCUAGAUUUGUAAUAUUGUAUUGAAUUAAAAUAGAAUAAUAUAUUAAUAACUGUGCGUACAAAAAUGCGUGUUUUAAUU